GAGACAGUAUCGUGGUUAAAUGUGGAAGUCUUCAUCUCUGAGCUCUAUGGCAAACUCAGCGUGUGUGCUGCUGUCCGGAUCCGGGAUGCUCCCUCAUUCCUUACACUGUCCCCCGGCGUUCCUCUAUCUGUCCGAGGGUAAUCAGGAGCCCACCAAUCCGGCAGACGCGAUGGCCCAGACUUACCCCCCACAGUACGCCCAUCCCCCUCAGAACGGACUCCCUGCCGACUUCACCGCGACACACGCUCUUCCCACGCAAGACUACACGGGCCGGAACCGCGUCCCCGAUCACACCUUGACACUCUACACGGCAGCACAGACGCACAGCGAUCUCGACAGCAACACGCCGGCCAUCUCCUGCGGUACCAACACGGCAACGACAGAAGACGUGACGCAAACGGAAGUUUCGCAGCAGGUGCAGCAUUCAGAAUCCACGGAGAAACAGCAGCCGAAGCGCUUACACAUCUCCAACAUCCCCUUCCGGUUCCGAGACCCCGAUUUACGGCAAAUGUUUGGGCUAUUUGGGAAGAUCUUAGAUGUGGAGAUUAUCUUUAAUGAAAGAGGAUCAAAGGGCUUCGGCUUUGUAACGUUUGAAACGUGCGCAGACGCCGAUCGCGCGCGGGAGAAACUAAAUGGCACAAUCGUAGAGGGGCGGAAAAUCGAGGUCAACAACGCCACGGCGAGAGUCAUGACGAAUAAGAAAGUAGUAAACCCGUAUACGAACAGUUGGAAACUUAAUCCAGUCGUAGGAGCUGUUUAUGGACCUGAACUCUACACAGUGACAGGUUUCCCGUACCCCACAGCUGGUGCGACAGUGCCGUACAGAGGGGCUCACCUCAGAGGCAGAGGACGGGCUGUUUAUAACACCUUCCGUACGGCCCCUCCCCCUCCACCCAUCCCAGCCUAUGGAGCAAUGGUGUAUCAGGACGGAUUCUAUGGUGCAGAGAUCUAUGGAGGUUAUGCAGCAUACAGAUAUACUCAGCCUGCAACGGCUACAGCGUACAGCGACAGUUACGGGAGAGUCUAUGCAGCCGCUGACCCAUAUCACCACACCAUCAGCCCGGCGGCAACCUACAGCGUGGGCACCAUGUAAAUACAGCAAAAGAAAGAGCAGGAGCAGAACUAUAGGACAGCACGGAUCAUCAUGAGGAGAGAAAAAACAGAAGAAAGAAG